AACAAGCAUGAACUUUUCCCCUGUUUCUUUGAGGAGGAUUAACCAAUUCAUUUUGACUCUGAGGCCCUGAAAAAUGUUGUAGCCAUAUUAACGUGCAGUGCGCUUUCGCUGAAAUCUGCCUGGGUGUGUUGUUUCCCCCAGAGUGGGCUCCACCCUUGCGGUAACCGCACCGAGUGUGGAUAUCUUGCUGUUUAAAACAAAGUUCAUUCUUAGGGCAGCAUUGCAGCAGAAUUGCCACACAAAAACCAGCUUAAGACAUGUCCGGCAGCUUCACUUUUUUUUUAUAACAAGAAGAAUCCACAGACUUGAAACAUGAGUUCAGAUGCCAGCCAAGGCGUGAUCACCACUCCUCCUCCUCCCAGCAUGCCUCACAAAGAGAGAUAUUUUGACCGUAUCAAUGAAAAUGACCCAGAGUACCUUAGGGAGAGAAACAUGUCUCCUGACCUCCGACAAGACUUCAAUAUGAUGGAGCAGCGGAAACGAGUUACUCAGAUCCUGCAAAGUCCUGCCUUUCGGGAGGACCUGGAAUGCCUUAUUCAAGAACAGAUGAAAAAAGGCCACAACCCAACUGGAUUACUGGCAUUACAGCAGAUUGCAGAUUACGUCAUGACCAAUUCUUUCUCGGGCUUUUCUUCACCUCCCCUCAGUCUUGGCAUGGUCACACCUAUCAACGACCUUCCUGGUGCAGAUACCUCCUCAUACGUGAAGGGAGAAAAGCUUACUCGUUGUAAACUUGCCAGCCUGUACAGACUGGUGGACUUGUUUGGAUGGGCACACCUGGCAAAUACGUACAUCUCAGUAAGAAUAAGUAAGGAGCAAGACCACAUUAUCAUAAUUCCCAGAGGUCUAUCUUUUUCCGAAGCCACAGCCUCCAAUUUGGUGAAGGUCAACAUCAUAGGAGAAGUGGUUGACCAGGGAAGUACUAACUUGAAAAUUGACCACACAGGAUUCAGCCCCCAUGCCGCAAUCUAUUCAACACGCCCUGACGUGAAGUGUGUGAUACACAUCCACACCCUUGCAACGGCAGCCGUAUCCUCCAUGAAGUGCGGGAUCCUUCCCAUUUCUCAGGAGUCCCUUAUCCUGGGAGAUGUUGCCUAUUACGACUACCACGGGUCCCUUGAUGAACAGGAAGAGAGAAUUCAACUGCAGAAAGUUCUGGGGCCAAGUUGUAAGGUGCUGGUGCUCAGGAAUCAUGGCGUGGCAGCACUCGGAGAAACAGUUGAGGAGGCUUUUCAUUAUAUUUUCAAUGUGCAGAUAGCCUGUGAGAUCCAGGUGCGGGCAUUAGCAGGGGCAGGUGGCGUAGACAAUCUGCUCGUGCUGGAUUUGCAGAAGUACAAAGCUUUCACUUACACCGUAGCAGCAUCUGGAGGAGGAGGCGUGAAUAUGGGUUCCCAUCACAAAUGGAAGGUUGGAGAGGUUGAGUUUGAAGGGCUGAUGAGGACCCUAGACAAUUUGGGGUACAGAACAGGCUACGCUUACAGGCAUCCUCUCAUUCGAGAGAAGCCGAGGCACAAGAGUGACGUGGAAAUCCCAGCGACUGUGACCGCCUUCUCCUUCGAAGACGAUACGGUGCCCCUGUCUCCUCUCAAGUACAUGGCCCAGAGACAGCAGCGGGAGAAAACCAGAUGGCUCAACUCGCCAAAUACUUACAUGAAGGUGAACGUGCCUGAAGAGUCUCGGAACGGGGAGACCAGUCCCAGGACCAAAAUCACAUGGAUGAAAGCAGAGGACUCCUCUAAAGUUAGUAGCGGAACACCUAUCAAAAUUGAAGAUCCAAAUCAGUUCGUUCCUUUGAACACGAAUCCUAACGAGGUACUAGAAAAGAGAAAUAAGAUUCGGGAACAAAAUCGAUACGACUUGAAGACAGCAGGACCACAAUCUCAGUUGCUUGCCGGAAUUGUUGUGGAUAAGCCUCCUUCUACUAUGCAAUUUGAAGAUGACGAUCAAGGCCCCCCAGCUCCUCCUAAUCCAUUCAGUCAUCUUACAGAAGGAGAACUUGAAGAGUAUAAGAAGACAAUCGAGCGUAAACAGCAAGGCCUGGAAGAUGGUGAGCAGGAAUUUCUCUCAGAUGACGCUUCAUCUGUUUCACAAAUUCAGUCUCAAACCCAGUCACCGCAAAAUGUCCCCGAAAAAUUAGAAGAAAACCAUGAGCUGUUUUCCAAGAGCUUCAUGUCCAUGGAAGUGCCUGUCAUGAUAGUAAACGGCAAGGAUGAUGCGCAGGAUGUUGAAGAGGAGCUUGCAAAGCGCGUGAGUAGGUUGACUACCAGCACGACCAUAGACAACAUCGAGAUUACCAUUAAGUCUUCUGAAAAAAUCGAAGAAGUCCUGUCCCCUGAAGGCUCCCCUUCAAAAUCACCAUCGAAGAAAAAGAAGAAAUUCCGUACUCCUUCUUUUCUGAAAAAGAACAAAAAAAAGGAGAAAGUUGAAGUCUAAAUAAAGCCUUUUUAUAGUUAUUUACAAAGUGACAUUGCACAUUUAAAGCCCACAUUUCAGUUGAUCAUUAAUAUGCAGUGGUAGGCCAGAUUGGGGCUAUGAAACAAACUGGACUUUAAGAACUGGAAAGAGGUUUUACUAAAAAAAAAAAAAAAAAUUAUAAAAAAAACUUUCAAAUUCAUCUCUUAUUUUGUAUACCCAAAAAUGACCUUGAAUUUUUAAACAAUUGAUAGUUUUAACUAGCUCAACCCUCAUAAAGUAUUACUGUAGCUCACUAUAAACAGAUAUCUGUCUGAAUUACUUCAGGCUUCUCCAUAAUAUCUGUUGGAAGGAAAUUGCCAGUGAAUAGUGAGAAUUUUUAUUUCUCAACAUUUGUUUCACUUGGUAAUCCAACUGUGAUUUUUUAUCUUGAUUAUCAACUGUAUCUUUGGGGUCCCCAUUGUUUCAGAGGGCAUUAACAGAGUGCUUUAAAAGCUUCUAAAUAAGAAUCUAUAGCAUUAGUAUACACUGGCACAUAAUUUUUUAAACAGUUUUAAGAAAAGAUUCAUUUGGAAUUUUAUUCAUAGUAUAAAAUUUCCUCACCUGAAGUAACCUCGUUUGCCAAAAACAAAGUCAUUUUAGUAAACUAUAAUUUUUGAAAACUUCCUUUUUUAUUCAUUUAGAAAGCCCCUUAUUUUUCAACAAAGGGGAUUUUGUACACAUAACAUGGGUUAUUUAGUUUAACUCUGGCAAAAACAAUUUUUGUAUGUUAAGAUGUUUGUAUACCAUUCAGUAUAAAAGUGUCAUAUCAGCCAAUCAUUUAACAAUAGAGCAUAUUUGAGGCUACUUGGUACUGAGUAUACUUAAAUAUAAAUCAAGAAUCCAGGGACUUGGUAUCAAAAGAGAUUAGAGCAUAUAAGGGGAUAUCCAGAUUCGUAUUUGAAUCUUAUCAUGUAUUUUUAUCUUAGUAUUGCUAAUGAAUGAAGAAAAUUUCAUAAAGUAGCCAAAUUAAAAGAAUGAAAGGGAAAGUAAGAAAUUAAGGGAACAAAAGAUGGGACAUGAAAAGAAAAAUUCUAGUUUGAUAAGUGACUGCUAUUUACAAUAGGGUGUAAAGUGUAAGUUAUUGGAAACAUGUCCCAAAUUUCUAAAAUUCUGCUUCUCUGCCAUAACCAGUGUCUUUCUUGGUUGAUAUUUCGGUUUUAAAAGCAUCAGAUCCUUCUAACUUGUAAAUCAUGAAGGUCAGCACUAGGAUAUAUCAGGAGGUCUAAUCCCGCCGGUGAGAAAACUACCACUUUUUGAUUUAAAUUUUCUUUAUCUUUUCAUUUAACUUUCUUCCUAAUGUAAAUACAGAUUUAAACCUAGGCUUAAUAUAGUACCCCCCCCAUCCAAGUGAUGUCACAAAUCAAUGUAAAAU